ACUGUAUGUUGAAUAUCGGUAUCUGAAUGUUAUCUACACCCGAGGGUUUAAUUUUUGUUAUCUAACAACUACAACUUAACAACAUGCCCGUCAUGGGUUAAUACCCGAAUGGACCGUGCCCCCAUACGUAAGACUGACUGUCCUGCUAAAUCCAAUUAAAUAAGUCACUGAAAGUCACUAGCGGUAUAGGCAUGCCUUGACUUGGCCGAUGGCCGGAGAAGAAAACAACUCUAGAAGCAAACAACCUAAACAUAGAGAAAAGCUCAUAACAACGUACAAUAGCUAUCAAAUGUCCAAAAAUCCGAAAUGGAAAGGCCGGAUUUUGAUGCUUUUUAAAUAAAUUUUCGUUUAAUUUAUUGUGCCAUAAACAUGUCUUAAGCUAUUGUUGGACAAACUUAUUUCCAGCAAAAUGCAAGCUAACUAGCAGCUGUAAUAGAAUCAAAGAAAGCCAUGCGCAUCAUCAUCUGAAAUCAUGUUGCUGUAGAAAAGAGCGCACUAUAAAAGUUCACAAUGGCUCUCACUAUUCCAUGCUCUCCGAGCAUUAUUUGCAGUUCUCUCAUUUGAAGACGCUGCAUAAAAUGUUUGCCUCUUCUCUACCAUCAAAAUGAUCGCUCUCUCAUGCGAUCGUGUGUCUUGAUCGAGAGGCUGGAAUUUUCCAGCGAUCGUGUUGGUGCUGCACACUACAUUAGCUGCUCGUUCAGAGCGAUGUUGAUUGAUGUAGUGGUACUGCAGAUGCAGUGCAUGGAGAGCCAGGGCAAGUAUUAGCUCGGAGCAGUCCGGAUGAAAGAAAGAAAGUCAAUUUCUUCGCAGUAUGUGUUCAGUGGUGCUCGCGUCGCGUAGCCCAUGCGUCUCUAGACAACGUUGAUAGAGAUCUUCACAACUAGGAUACUGCACUGUUUCCGGAACUAUUCUCCCUGCAGAAUAACAGUAGUGUGGAAGUGACGUGACAGUGUUUAACUGUAGAUUAGAUUUACCCUGCAGACUGUUUCAAGCGAAUAACGUACGGUUUUACAAAAGAGGAUGGCAACUAUGCUGUUCCCUACAACGAUCCAUUAUGGGUUGCGCAUAGGAACUGCUUUUUGAGAAGCACAUGAUUUCGUAAAGAAAGAAGCAAAGCCCUGAUGCUGCUGCGUGUGCGUGAGUGUUAGUGUUGCAGUUCAUGCUUCGCAAUUUUUUCACGGUGGUAGUGUUCCGUUAUAGUGUCGUUAUUAAACCGGCAGGGCAGCUAGAAGCCGCUGACCUCGCCAGUGCAAUUUACACGAAUGUCGGAAAGUAAAAGAUGCCCUGCAGAGAAAUGGAGCAAAAUGUGAAAGUGAAUCAUCUGCUUUAUGUGCUGCUGUAAUGUGAUACUUUUCGAUGCUUUAGUGUGUUUCUUUUGUUUUGUUCGAUUCUCCAAAGCAAUGUCUUGUCGCUUUCCUGAGUGGAGUUAGUAGUAUGUAAUAUAGUAUCGUAAGUUGUAAUACAAUUAAUAAUCCCCACAUUGUGAUAAUGAAGAAGAAAAACAAAAUUACAAUCAUGGACCUUAUCCUGCUCUGGGCUCUAAAGGCCGUAAAACAGUUCAUCGAUCGAAUCAACAGCUCUAGCAACGACCCAAACCGAAAGGCGGUGACACCGGCAAUUGCAACCCGAUUCCUCUUGGCACGAAAAUAUGACAUCACUCGCGCAAUGGCACUUUACGAGCAGCAUGAACUAAUACGGCAACGGGAAGGGUUGUAUGGAUUUGAUCCACAAACAGAACCGCUUCGAACAGAGCUGGAGACGGGCAAAUUCACGAUUUUGCCGGGCCGGGAUGCCAGUGGGGCAGCAAUCGCCCUGUUCACUGCCAAUCUGCACUAUCCAAUGACCGUGACCCAUAAAACAACUCUUCAGGGUGUUGUAUAUCAGCUAGACGUAGCUUUACAGAGCAGCGAGACACAGAAAGCUGGUUUAGUAUUCAUAUAUGAUAUGAGUACUUCGAAGUAUUCCAAUUUUGAUUACGAUUUAUCGCAGAAAAUCCUCACACUGCUAAAGGGCGGUUAUCCUGCAAGAUUGAAAAAGGUCCUUAUCGUAACAGCUCCGCUUUGGUUUAAAGCACCUUUUAAAAUUCUAAGGUUGUUCGUGCGAGAGAAAUUGCGGGAACGUGUCUUCACCGUAUCAAUACCGCAGCUUAGUUUACAUGUUCCUAGGGAAUCUCUUCCAGUUCGGUUAGGUGGCACUCUAGAAGUCGAUCAUUCCUCAUGGUUAUUGCAUUGUUACAAAUCGAUGACGAAUCGUGAAGACGAAAUUAUUGCAACAGCGGGCCAGCAACAGCAGCAGCCACAAACAUCUCAGUCCAACUCCACGGAUCUUAAUGGAGUGAUUGGUGCGAGUCCCGUAAUGGGUAGCGCGGGCAUUGCGGCGAUAGCUGCUGGAACAGGUACACUGGACACUCACCAUUCUCUAACUGGUGUUGUUGGCUCGGAACUAGUGGACGUAGAAUUUGUGAAUUCUCAUAACCAUCGAGUGUCUCCUGAAAAUGGCGCCGAGGUGGAGGAUCACUUAAAUGUGGAGGAUAUUAGCAACAUAGCAGUUGUGGGUGCAAAUCAACAUCUUCCGGCAAAUCAUGCAGGCCAUGUUGGACAUCAAAAUCACCAUACAACCAGUGAGCUUUGGACAGAAAACCCUCCGAGUAGCGCUUCGUCUGGCUUUAGCGACGAUGACAGUUUGGCCGGGGCAGAAGGAGACCCUAAAACGAUCGAGCAAAUUGUGCAGAUGGUUCGUGAAAGGGGAAAAAUGGGUUUAAUCCGCGAAUACACCGAAAUAAAAGCCCGCGCUCCAGAUGGUACCUUUACGCAUGCAAAGUUAAGAAAUAACCUAGCAAAGAAUCGAUACACGGAUGUGCUGUGUUACGACCACAGUCGCGUAGUACUGUCUCAGGAAGAGGAUGAUCCCGCGACGGAUUAUAUCAACGCGAAUUUCGUCGACGGUUAUAAGCAAAAGAAUGCAUAUAUCUCCACACAGGGUCCGCUGCCAAAAACGUCGUACGAUUUUUGGCGCAUGGUCUGGGAACAGCACUGUUUGCUGAUCGUCAUGACGACUCGGGUAAUGGAGCGGGGCCGCGCCAAGUGUGGACAGUAUUGGGAACCGACAGAAGGCGGUUUGGCGGAGUAUGGUUCAUUUCGAUUGCGAACAAUGUCGAUAGAAACUAACGAAGAUUAUACAGUGGUGGAGUUGGAAAUAAGAAAUAUUAAGACUGAUGAGGUAAGAUGCGUAUCGCAUUGGCAGUUUACCAGUUGGCCCGAUUACGGAGUGCCGUCGUCGGCGAAAGCUAUGCUAAACUUUCUACAGCGUGCCCGUGAAAAGCAAGCAGAGAUGGUCCGUGCGCUAGGCGAUCUUUGGGCCGGUCAUCCCAGAGGUCCACCUAUAGUGGUUCAUUGCAGUGCCGGGAUCGGUCGAACGGGAACAUUCAUCACGUUGGACAUAUGCAUAUCGCGCCUCGAAGAUGUCGGUACGGCCGAUAUCAAGGGCACGGUGGAAAAAAUUCGAUCACAACGGGCCUACUCAAUACAAAUGCCGGACCAAUACGUAUUUUGUCAUUUAGCACUGAUUGAGUAUGCUCUUUCACGCUCAAUGCUACAGUCGGUGGACCUUUCGGAGUUCGACGAUCGAGACGAAGAAUCCGAUUAGAACAUAGCAACUUAAGUGACAAAACCAGCAUUAGCGAAAUGUGCGCGCAUGUGAUCUAAGACGAUUGAUACUGGUCCGGCUCAUCGGCUUCGGAUUUAGAAUUCCUGAGUAGGUGUGGAAGCUAUCGUAUUUUGUACAGUAGGCAAACUGUUGUUAAUAUUCUGAACGCUGUUUUGCACUGUUCCACCUCCAAACCGAUUAACACUUUCUCCGCAAUCACAGUAAAUAGCGAUCCGUUUUUCUAACAGCAUUAGAGGUUCUGCUGAUGUAUCAUACAUGCAAUCACGCUUCACGUUAAGUAUGUGGGUUCUAUUACUGUUUUAAAAUAACUUCACUAAUUUUUGACACAGCAGACAGAAACCACGAUCCUACAUCCUACAUAAGAAACGAUAAAUCCUGACUGUCAAUCUGCGAAAUACCAGGAGAUAUUAAACUACAGCAUGGGAAGAGAUGUGGUAACACACGGUAGGAGACUGUGGUGUGCCCUAGUAUUCGCAUUUAAUUUGGCUUUUUAUUAUGUAUUAGCAUCAAAGCUCUUUUCCCAAUCCGGAUGCUUUUCAAAGACAGUAGCAAACGAAACGGCCAAACUCAUUUCAACAGCAGGUGUAGCAAGGUGUAGCAGGUGAUUAUAGUUCGAGUAAACUCAUGGGAAGACGUUUAUCGCUACGUGCAACAGAUUUCAGAUUUCAAGCUUUAUCUCCUAUUACAGUUCAAUGCGAAAGUCUUUUGCAAUCAUCAGGAGUAGAUCAAAAACAAAAAUUGUAUGAUAAUUUAUAAUAAUUUUCCAAACCCGCUACAUUUCAGUGCGGUAACAUUAGAGACAAGAAACAGCGUAGAUGGCGUAGAAAAUAUCAAGUCCAGUGAAAUGUGAAAAAAAUCAAUUACAAAAGGGAAAUGUAGUAAUAUUAAAAACCACGGUAAAAACUGUUGUAACAAGAAUGCGAGAAAUAGAAAAAAAGAUAUCAAACUUUAUUUUUUCUAUUUAUUUUAUCUUUAGUGAAGGCGAUAUUCGUGAGUGCAGAUAGAGAUAUUUAAAAACUAGAACGGUAAAACAAUAAUUGGAAAGUGGUACUGGUACGUUGGGCGUAACAAACAAACAAAACAAUAACUAAAAAACAGCUCCGAAAAUAAAUUUAGAACAUGAUACACAUAUUGUGACUACACUGAAGGUCGUUCAAGAAAACUUGUAUUAUUCAUCCCUUUUAAAGUAAAAUGAACCGAAGCGGGUUAUUGUCGCCCCUGGUUUGAAAUCAAGUGAAGGCAGAUAAUCAAAUUGUAUUGUCAUAAAAUUAAGCCAAGUUUACUUCUGAAACCCGUCAUCAUUCUUUUUAUCUCAGUAAAAGCAUCAGAUAUUGUGCGGCCAAGUGCAGAUGCAACAUAAUUGCAAAACCACGCCGGCUCACGACUCCGAGCUGGCGGAGGUGGUCGUUCAUUUUCCUUUUUGUAACAAAACCCAUGAUCGUAAGGAAGCAAUCGAAUAGAUGAGAUAUUUCUGCUGGACAACGCACUGAAUCGUGAAGCCAGUGUGAGGUGAAUGUGAGAAAGAAGCGAAAUCUAAAAUAUAACCUAUUAAUGGUUUACA